UUUCCUGGAGAAGCCGGCACUGCGGGUAUCCGCGCUUGUGUGAGGCGUUUGCUGUAACUUCCUAGCCCGGUGGCUUCGGUUCCAGUAAACCAAGUAUGAAGAUCACGAGGCAAAAACACGCCAAGAAACAUCUUGGCUUUUUCCGCAACAAUUUCGGAGUUCGCGAGCCGUACCAGAUCCUGCUGGACGGCACCUUCUGCCAGGCAGCGCUGCGAGGCCGCAUCCAGCUGCGGGAGCAGUUGCCCCGCUACCUUAUGGGGGAGACGCAGCUGUGCACCACCAGAUGUGUGUUGAAAGAGUUAGAAACAUUGGGGAAAGACUUAUAUGGGGCAAAACUGAUUGCACAAAAAUGCCAGGUUCGAAAUUGUCCCCAUUUCAAGAAUCCAGUGAGUGGAUCAGAAUGUCUGCUUUCCAUGGUUGAAGAAGGCAAUCCUCACCAUUAUUUUGUGGCAACACAGGAUCAGAAUUUGUCUGUGAAAGUAAAGAAGCAGCCUGGAGUUCCUCUCAUGUUUAUUAUUCAGAACACUAUAGUCUUGGACAAACCUUCUCCCAAAACAAUUGCCUUUGUUAAAGCAGUAGAGUCAGGUCAGCUCGUGUCAGUACAUGAAAAACAAAGUAUCAAGCAGCUCAAAGAGGAACAGGGUUUAUUGAAAAACUCUGAACAAAGAAGAAGGAAAAAGCACAAGAAAAUCAGUGGCCCCAAUCCUCUUAGCUGUUUGAAGAAAAAGAAAAAGGCACAGGACACAAAAUCAACUGCUUCUGAAAAGAAAAGAAAAAGAAAAAGAAUCCGGAACAGAUCUACCUCAAAAGUACUUUCUGAGAAGCAGAAUGCGGAAUGAUAAUGAAUCCUUUGGCUACUUUUAAAGACAUUCAAAUGUGAAAAAUGAAUUUAUUUUUGAAACUGUAGAAGUAUUUAUAAUAAAAGACUAAACUUAUUUUU